AUGAUUCAGACCCAAAGUCGAGAAAUAUUUAAUGAAAAAAAAGAAAAACAAAAAAAUAUUGACGCCACCAAGCAGAUCGCAGACGAAACAUCUGCUGCUGCUGCUGCUGCUGCUGCUGCUGCUGCUGCUGCUGCUGCUGCUGCUGCUGCUGCUGAGGAAACAGCAGAAAGUGCAGCUGUUUCUGAGACCAUGGAGCCAGCGGGGGGAGAGGAAAGCAAAGACUGUAUAUCAUCUAUGCGUGCAGCGUUGCAGUGUAUUCCUUCAGCUAAAGUUUUAUCAUCGAUGUCUUCUUCAGAACUAAGCAGUAUGCAUGCAAAGCUGCGAGAGCUGUUGGUUGACGCAGUGAUAGCUGUGGCUCCCCCCGAGAGAGUAGCAGCAGCUGCAUCUGAGGGUUUCUCUCUCCCGCCCCCUGCUGCAGCUCUUGCUGCUUCUCCCUUUCCUUGGUGGAGCAGCGGCCGCGGGCUGCAGCCAUGGAGAGGCAGAAAGCAAGCGUGGGCGCAGCUGAGCCGCCGCGUGAACUGGGCGGCCCCCAGACGCCCGGUGGAGCCUAUGGUUGCUGGGGUGUUGCUGCCGCAGCAAGCAGCAGCAGUUGUUACAGCUGAACGCAAUGCACGCAACAAAGAAAUCUUAGAUUCAAUUCGUUCUUUCUUGUUUCCUGCUGCUGCACAACCACAAACUGCUGCAGCAGUGCAGCAGCAGCAGCAGCAGCAGCAGCAGCAGCAAACACCUGAUUAUGCACCACCCGAUGUGCCUUGGUUUAUAGAUUUGCGCUGGGACGGUAGCCGGAGCAGCAGCAGCAACAGCAGCAGCAGCAGCAGCAGCAGCAGCAACAGCAGCAACAGCAGCAGCAGCAGCCAUGCAAGUACAGCUCAGCUGUUCCGUGGAGCAGCAGCGGCGAGCUCAUCUGAGCAGAGAGGAGGUGUGGGGCUGCUGCAUGCAUCUGCAGCAGCAGCAGCAGCAGCUGAUGGGGGCGAAGCAGCAGCACUGCGGCGAGCUAUCGGAGCAGCAAUAGAUGUAGCUUUGCUGCUGUCUGAGGCUAUGGUAACAAAGAAGAGUGGUGCUGCUGCACCCUUCUCUUGGGAUUCACCUUUUCUGCGUUCUGCUGCUUCCUCACGGAGAAGAAAAAGAAGACAAAGGGGCCGCCCCGCCCCCGAGCAUCGGCUCCCCAGCAGGCAAGCAAGAAAGCUAGCUAACAGAGACAAACGAAACGCUGCACAGAAACAUACAAAUAUGUCUUAG